AUGGAGAAAAUGGAAAUAGCAAUGCUGGUAAUUAAUGGACAGAUGAUGAUGCAGCUGGAAGAGAAAGAAGUGCAAGAAGAAGAACAGAAAUGGAAGUGUGCUCUCAUUGCAUAUGUGAUUGGAGAAUGUCCUGGGUACAAUACUAUGAAGAGAUACAUAAUGAUGAAUUGGUCAAGUGUGAGUAAGGCUGAAGUGUUUCUUCAUGAGGAUGGAUACUAUUUAAUCAAGUUUCAGAAGAUAAGUGACAUGAAUGAGAUUUUGUUCUCUGGGCCAUAUACUAUCAACAAUCGACCAAUCAUCCUGAAACAAUGGUGUCCUGAAUUUGAUUUUGGGAAUGAGUUUCUAACAGAAAUUCCUUUAUGGGUGAAUUUUCCAAAAUUGCCUUUAAACUGUUGGGGAGUGGGAUCUUUGAGUAGGAUUGCAAGUGCUAUUGGAGUUCCUCUUUUUGCUGAUGAAUGCACCACCAAGCAAACAAGGAUCUCAUAUGCUAGAAUGCUUGUUGAAGUUAAUGUUACAAAAGCUAUACCUCAGAAGAUAGCAGUAGUGGACCCUACAGGGAAGACAUUUAUGCAAGAUGUAGUGUUAGAAUGGAGACCUCAAUACUGUGAUAAGUGCCAGAAGAUAGGGCAUCUAUGUCAAGUGGAGCCUGAACCAAAAGAGGAAAUGCCAAAAAGAAGAAGGCCAUGGAAGAAAGCAACUCAAACUUGGCAGUAUAAAGGUCCAAUUUGA